UGGAACUGCAAGCCACUUCAUCACCGUCAUUCAUCAUAUCUUUCUGGAAAAUUGUUCCUUUUGAGAUGCGCUCCGGUUAAAUAUUUCUUGAAAGAUCGAUUUGAUUGUAAUGAGAUAUUAUAUAUACUCUUUCUCAUUCAUCUCGGUUGUCAUCUUUUUUGCAGUGAGAUAUGGAUCUAGAGAACGAGCACAUACGCAGGGAGAACUGCAAACAUUGGCAUUGAUUUCUUUCAUGGGAGACAAUAUUCUCUUCAUGCCGCAUGGUGUUCUCAUGAUCUUCUUAGAGCUCAUGAUGAUAUAUCAUCAAUUGCCAUAACAACUACACAAUAUUAUGUUGGCAGGGCAUUGCUAUCCCCCCCCAGCUCAUUCCUUCAUAUCCAUCCCCAGAGUUGUACCCAUCAACACUCAGAUGAACAGCACCCUUUCCACUCUUAUUCAGGCCUCCUAUUACUCCAUAUCUGUUAUGCUAUCAACAAGGAGGACAUAAAAUCGAAGGGUCUUGUUCACUUUUUGUUCUCCUCUACAAGCAACAUGGCGAGGAGCGACAUUUCUCCAGACACAUCCAAUGCUUCACCUCGAUCCCAGCAAACUGCGCACGACGAGGAAACUCCCCUCCUCCUUUCCGACUUUCCUAGCGCAGGUGGGAGCUUCACCGAUGAAGAGAGUAGGGUAUCUGACAUGAUGUCUAGUUCUCCCUCCGCUUCCGGCUCUGGAUUCUCCCUCACCACCGCUGCCCCCGAAACAUAUUUGGCCAACAACAGCUUGCUGGCCAUCUCCCUGAGCAUUCUGUUAGUCUUGUUUGGCUUUGUGCUAUACCUUGUCGUGAGGUGGACUGAUUAUCGCUCCUUUUGGGCUUGAAUUCAAAAUCUGGUCGGUGCAUUAUUGCAGUCUAUUUUGGCAGUUACCCCGGGACCUUUGUCGAAGUCACAAUUUUUGACUUGGAAUUGUAUCUGAAAUACAGAAAGCGACAAGACAUUGCCGAUUUUAAAUCAGACGAGACGGCGACGAAUUUCCAAAAGUUAUGGAGCCUUCUGAAGGAAAAGGGUGUGUUUCCGGAUGUAGCCCUUUGCAUUGGUUUAUGGUUUGCACUGUAGAUUCCCGAAUCUGGUAUAAACACGUCAUCACUUAUGUUUUGCUAGUCAACUGUUUAUAUAUAUGCAUACCUACUGAAUGGAAUGGACAGGAGGGAGUCAUACAUUUCUCGUAAGAUUUUUGUAGAUGAUUUUGCGAACCCAACAAUGACCAUGGCGUAACAACGAGGGAAUAUGCUACAGCACCUUGCAACAAGUUUGAAACUCUUCUUGCAAUUCACUUUGGCGGUGCAGUGUAUCAGAUAUUAUGUGCACAAGGCCCGCGGGAUUUUGAUUGGCUCGAUGGGUGUAAACAUGGUAAUAUCAGAUGUACCUAGGUAAAGUAGGCAAUUGAAGGACAAAGUCUCGAUUUUCUUCCCAAUAAUUCUAAGCAUUUUGCUCCUGGGUUGCAAGCCGCUGGCUCAUUUUCUAUAUUUCGGUAUGGUGAACCUAAGAGUCUGUAAUAUACAUCGGACUGAAGCAAUUAUUGAACAAUUUGUGAGUGUGGAUUUGCUUGAAGAGGACCGCGGGUCGGUAUGUGUUUGGGCUCAAGGGUCGCUGUGGAGUUCAUCAUGCGCGAUAAUUUCAACUUGCUAGGGUUUGAGUGGUAAUGAGACGGAAAAUGUCACGGCUAUAUAUGUAGAUAAAGAUGGUCUGCGAUAUAGAGAGGUACGAUCAAGUGGCCUUAGGGGGUUUUCUGCAUUCAGUGGACAUAGAGAGUCAUUCAAUUGAUGCCAAUGUCUGGAAGAGCAAACUGGGUAUCAAAACAAUUC